AGAUAGAGAGAGAGAGAGAGAGAGAGAGAGAGAUGGGAAGGAGUCCAUGUUGCGCAAAGGAAGGGGUGAGAAGAGGAGCAUGGACUGCCUUCGAAGAUAGAAUUCUGACUGCUUAUGUCAAAGCUCAUGGCGAAGGCCAAUGGAGGAAUCUUCCCCAGAGAGCUGGUCUUAAGAGAUGUGGCAAGAGUUGUAGACUGAGAUGGCUAAACUAUCUAAGACCAGACAUCAAGAGGGGUAACAUCUCCCAUGAUGAAGAGGAACUCAUUAUCAGACUCCAUAAACUCCUUGGUAACAGAUGGUCGCUGAUCGCGGGUAGACUCCCGGGGCGAACGGAUAACGAAAUCAAGAACUAUUGGAACACCACUUUGGUGAAGAAAGCUGAAGGUCAACCGUCUUCUUUUCCAUCCCGAGAAUCACGUUCAACAAAGUCCAAAGCCAAAAGGAUCUUGGCCACCCAUGGCUACUCCCAAGUCGUGGCCAGACCCCAACCCACGAGAGCGAAGCCGACAUGGUGCAUCCCGGUGCUAGCCCCGGAGACGCUAUACGAAAACAGCCCCCUGCUUAAACCAAUGAGCGCCGUUCAGGAUUCACAAAUUGAUAAGGUCCGCUAUGAAUGUGCUAGUGAAAUUCGUCUCCUGAACUUUGACCUCGAUGAUCAUUUCCAAGGAGGGCAAGGCCAUUUUAGGGGGAGUAUGCUCGAGACUAGCGAUAAUAUUGCACCUAGUAGCGAAGGAAUGUUCGUAGACAGUUGGACGGGGAGUGUUUGUACAAAAGAGGACACGCUAGAUCUGGAGUCUAUUCCAUUUGUGCUUGAUCCUGAGGAAUGGCCGUGAUGUUCUGUAAUGGAGGAUU